AUGGUAGUGGUGAUGGUUAUUGUGAUGGUUGUGGUGAUGGGGAUGAUCGUGAUCGUUUUGAAGGUAGCGGUGGUGGUGAUAGUGGUUGUGAUGAUUGUUGUCGAGAUGGUGAUGGAAAUGGUGGUGAUGGUGGUGUUGAUUGUGGUGGUGGCGAUGGUAUUGAAGGCGAUGGUGGUGGUGGGGAUGGUGGUGGUUAUGGUGAGUGAAGUGGUGGUGAUGCUGGUGGUGAUUGUAACGGUGGUGGUGGUGAUGAUGGUGGUGACGGUUGUGAUGGUGUUGUUGGUGGUUAUGAAGGUGCUUGUGAUGGUGGUGGCGAUGCUGAUGGUGGUGUUGGCGGUGAUUAUGUUGGUGAUGUUUGGGUGGUGGUGA